GUAACUUGUAAUUCAUCUUAAAAGAAAAUGAUGAAAUUACGAGCAGCUUCCUCUUGCAUCCUCUCCUGCCUCCUUGUCCUGUUCUUGAGUUCAGUUUCAGCAGUCUCGGAUGAUUCUCAAGAUAGACAGGUGUAUGUAGUUUACAUGGGUUCACUUCCUUCUCGAGCGGACUACACACCAAUGUCCGAUCACAUGAGUAUUCUUCAAGAGAUCACUGGAGAAAGUUCGAUCGAAGGUCGUUUGGUGAGAAGUUACAAGAGGAGUUUCAACGGUUUUGCUGCUCGACUCACUGAGUCAGAACGAGACCGAAUAGUCGAAAUGGAGGGAGUUGUGUCUGUGUUCCCGAGCAAGAAGUUACAACUCCACACGACUGCGUCUUGGGACUUUAUAGGUUUAAAGGAAGGAGAUAGGACGAAGAGGAACCAUACCGUGGAAAGUGAUACCAUUAUCGGAGUCAUCGACAGUGGGAUCACGCCGGAAUCUCAGAGCUUUUCCGACAAAGGCUUUGGUCCUCCUCCAAUGAAAUGGAAAGGUGUUUGUUCCGGCGGCGAAAACUUCACCUGCAACAAUAAGUUGAUUGGGGCAAGAGACUAUACAAGCGAAGGUACUAGGGACACUGAAGGGCAUGGUACACACACGGCGUCCACUGCGGCUGGAAACGCAGUCGCAGACACAAGCUUCUUUGGACUAGGCAAUGGAACUGUAAGAGGAGGUGUUCCGGCCUCUAGAAUAGCCGCUUACAAAGUCUGUGACCAAGCAGGAUGUAGCUCGGAGGCUCUCUUGUCUGCGUUCGAUGACGCUAUUGCUGAUGGUGUGGACCUCAUCACCAUCUCUAUCGGAGAUAAAAGUGCACAAAACUUCGAAAAUGACCCGAUCGCCAUCGGCUCUUUCCACGCUAUGACCAAAGGGAUACUCACUGUUGUAUCUGCUGGUAACAGCGGUCCGAAAGAUAGCACGGUCUCGGCCGUAGGGCCGUGGAUGUUAACUGUUGCAGCCAGCACCACGAACCGUGGGUUUUUCACCAAAGUUGUACUCGGAAACGGCAAGAUACUUGUCGGUAAAUCAGUGAAUGCUUUCGAUAUGAAAGGAAUGAAGUAUCCAUUGGUGUACGGGAAAGCUGCUGCAUUGUCUACUUGCGAUGCGGAAACCGCAGAGCUUUGUUAUCCAGAUUGUUUAAAUAGAUCAUUUGUGAAGGGAAAGAUCUUAGUGUGUGGUAGUCCCCGUGGUUUGAAAAUAGCUGAAUCACUUGGAGCUGUUGCACUCAUUUUCAACAGCUCUAAACCAGACGUUGCCUUUAUUCAUCCUUUACCUGCUUCUGGUUUAUCAAAAACAGAGUUUGGAUCUCUACUCUCUUACAUUGAGUCCGCAGAUUCUCCACGAGCGGCUGUUCUAAAAACCGAAGCAAUCUACAAUCAGACAUCUCCUGUUGUUAGCUCCUUCUCUUCUCGCGGUCCAAACACCAUCGCUUUUGAUAUUCUCAAGCCGGAUAUAACAGCACCAGGAGUGGAGAUCCUCGCUGCAUAUUCACCUUAUGGUGAACUGUCUGAAUAUGACACUAGACAUGUUAAGUACUCUGUUCUCUCUGGAACGUCCAUGUCUUGUCCGCACGUUGCAGGUGUGGCUGCGUAUGUCAAAACGUUUUACCCUAAAUGGUCUCCUUCCAUGAUUCAAUCUGCCAUCAUGACAACAGCUUGGCCUGUAAAUGCUACUGGAACUGGCAUCGCAUCGACCGAGUUUGCUUAUGGGUCUGGACAUGUUGACCCUAUAGCUGCUUUAAAUCCUGGACUUGUCUAUGAGUUGGACAAAGCAGACCACAUCGCGUUUCUCUGCGGCUUGAACUACACUUCAGAUGUUCUUAAGAUCAUCUCCGGUGAAACUGUCACUUGUUCCGAAGAAAAAAAAAUCUUACCAAGAAACCUCAACUAUCCUUCAAUGUCAGCUGGAGUGUUACGAUAUAAUAACUCCUUCACCGUAACUUUCAACAGAACCGUCACCAAUGUUGGUACACCGAACUCGACAUACAAAUCAAAGGUAGUCCCCGGUCACGGAUCUAAGCUCAGCGUCACGGUCACGCCUAGUGUUCUGUCUUUUGAGACAGUCAACGAGAAGAAAUCGUUCAAGGUAACUGUUACAGGCAGGGAUCUCAGUUCAGAACUGCCUUCGUCUGCAAAUCUAAUCUGGUCUGAUGGCACUCAUAACGUCAGAAGUCCCAUUGUUGUUUAUACUGAUGGUUACUAAUGAAGCAUAAUCAGUUCCCCAUCGUCAUCCAAAAUAAAUCUU